AUGGCUGAUUUGCCUUCGGAAAACAUGUACAAUAUCUUGUCAACCCUAACCUCUAAAAAGCGUCUUCAAGCGGCUAUAUUACCUUCGGAAAUCAUGUACGAUAUCUUGUCAAGAAUGCCGGUGAAAUCGUUGGCUCGUUUCCGGUGUGUAAACAAGCUAUGGUGCAACUACAUUAACGAUCCUUACCUUGAAGCCAUGCAUACCAAACGACAGUCAAUGAACGAUCCCGUGCCCAUUAUGUUCCGUCAAUUUCCAUCUGAUGAUCAUCCCAACUCACCAUGCACACUAAGUUUCUUGGAACAUAAAGAAGAAGCUGGUAUUUGCACCCUAGAAGUCAAAAAGAAGCCACCGGUUAUGGAGUUUAUGUGUAAGAGUUGGACUUAUAAAAACCCUGAUAACAUAGUUCUAGGUUCUUGCAAUGGGCUGCUCUAUUCAUCAAAACAUUCCCAUGAUGGCAACAAGUUGGUUGUGAUCCAUCCUCUAAGGAAAGAUUGUUAUGAGUCGCCACCCAUCAAGACACCAUUCCACCCACAACAACAACAGUCAUGUGGGAUUGAUCUUCAAGAGUCGAACCGGCUUUGUGUUGAGGAGUCAAGCGGGCUUGGUUUUGAUGAUUCUACCAACACUUUCAAGAUGGUGUGUGUUGUGAAAAGAGAACACGAAGGGCAGCUAGAAGACCUUUAUCAACUCAAGGAGGAUCUAUGGACCAUGGUGCAUGUCUUGGGCACAGACUCGUGGCGAAAGAUACCACAAGUCCCAUCUUAUCCCAUAACUGGUGAAGGCGUGUUUGCGAAUGGAUGUUUGCAUUGGUUAAUUAGUGAUGAAUAUGAUGAUUAUCGCGCGGCCUACUUAGGACGACCAGUAAUAAAGUUUGACAUAGCGAAGGAGGAAUUCGGAGUAAUCAAACCUCCUCAUGGACUACCAGUUUAUUCGGUUAAGGAGCAGUUGGUUGAUUUACAUGGUGAAGUUGGAUAUGUGUAUCAUAUCGUCAACCAUGGUGUGGAGGUGUGGGUGUUGAAGGAGAGAGGAUGGGUGAUGCAUUGUGAGUUCGAGCAGAAGCCGCCUCUUCCUGGUUGUUUAAUGAAGGUUUUAGGGUUUUGGAAUGAUGACGGGGACGUAUUAAUGACAGAUAAUUGGAAGCGACAAAUGUUUGUUUACAACCUAAACAGUAAGAGUUUGCAUGAAGUUAGCUUGGUUGGAUGUGAAGAAGGCCUUACAUUAAUAGAUAUACGAAUGUAUUAA